AUGUUCAGGAAUACUGCCUUGAAGGCCACUAACAGCGGCAUGCUGCGCGGUGUGACCUCUUCUACUUGCCGGAGAUCUCUCCAGCUGGCUUCGAAGAGCUCUGCCUUCAGCCUCGCUGCUCGCCGACCUCUCGCGAUUGCCAACCGAGCUUUCACUCGCCAAUAUGCUUCGUCCGCGGAGGGCACAAGUCCAGGAGUGAAUCCUAAUGAUUCUUUCUUGUCUGGAAACACCGCCAACUAUGUUGAUGAAAUGUACCUUGCGUGGAAGCAAGAUCCCUCCAGUGUCCAUAUCUCGUGGCAAACUUACUUCAGAAACAUGGAGGAUGGCAACAUGCCCAUCGCCCAGGCUUUCACUCCUCCUCCUACCCUCGUCCCCACCCCUACUGGUGGUGUUCCCCAGGAUAUGCCUGGUGUUGGUCUCGCUGGCUCUGAUGUCACAAACCACUUGAAGGUUCAGCUACUUGUGCGCGCCUACCAGGCCCGUGGUCACCACAAGGCCAAGAUCGACCCUCUCGGCAUCCGUGGAGAUUCCGAGGCUUUCGGAUAUGCCCGUCCUAAGGAGCUUGAGCUCGACCACUACGGAUUCACUGAGCGCGAUCUUGACCAGGAGUUCGCUCUGGGCCCUGGUAUUUUGCCCCGCUUCGUGACUGACAGCCGUAAGAAGAUGACUUUACGCGAGAUCAUUGCCGCUUGCGAGAAGACCUACUGCGGCUCCUACGGUGUCGAGUACAUCCACAUCCCUGACCGUGAGCCCUGUGAGUGGAUCCGCGAGCGUUUCGAGGUUCCCGAGCCCUACAAGUACACCGUUGAUGAGAAGCGCCGAAUCCUCGACCGUCUCAUCUGGAGUUCCAGCUUCGAGUCUUUCCUUGCCACCAAGUACCCCAACGACAAGCGUUUCGGUCUGGAGGGUUGCGAGACUCUGGUCCCUGGUAUGAAGGCAUUGAUUGACCGCAGUGUCGACUACGGUAUCAAGGAUAUUGUCAUUGGUAUGCCCCACCGUGGCCGUCUCAAUGUUCUGUCCAACGUUGUUCGCAAGCCCAACGAGUCCAUCUUCAACGAGUUCGCUGGUUCCACCGAGCCUUCUGACGAGGGUUCUGGUGAUGUCAAGUAUCACUUGGGUAUGAACUUCGAGCGUCCUACUCCCUCUGGCAAGCGUGUGCAACUUUCCCUGGUCGCCAACCCCUCCCACUUGGAGGCUGAGGACCCCGUCGUUCUCGGAAAGGCCCGCGCCAUCCAGCACUACAACAACGAUGAGACCAAGUUCGACACUGCCAUGGGUGUCUUGCUGCACGGUGAUGCUGCUUUCGCUGCUCAGGGUGUCGUUUACGAGACCAUGGGUUUCCAGCACCUUCCCGCCUACUCUACUGGCGGUACCAUUCACAUUGUUGUGAACAACCAAAUUGGUUUCACUACUGAUCCCCGCUACUCCCGUUCCACCCCAUACUGUUCGGACAUUGCAAAGGCCAUUGACGCUCCCGUGUUCCACGUGAACGCCGAUGAUGUCGAGGCCGUCAACUACGUCUGCCAGAUUGCUGCUGACUGGCGCGCCAAGUUUAAGAGUGAUGUCGUUAUUGACAUCGUCUGCUACCGUAAGCAGGGACACAAUGAGACUGAUCAGCCCUCGUUCACCCAGCCCCUGAUGUACAAGCGUAUUGCCGAGCAGAAGGCUCAGCUUGACAAGUACGUCGAGAAGCUCAUUGCCGAGGGUACAUUCACCAAGGAGGACAUUGAUGAGCACAAGAAGUGGGUCUGGGGAAUGCUGAACGACAGCUUUGACCGCAGCAAGGACUACCAGGCUACCGGUAAGGAAUGGCUCACUUCCGCCUGGAACAACUUCAAGACCCCCAAGGAGCUCGCCACUGAGGUUCUCCCCCACCUUGCCACCUCUGUUGACCAGGCCGCCCUGUCGCACAUUGCCGACAAGGUCAGCUGCACCAGUGCCGCCGCCGAGGGCUUCACUCUCCACAAGAACCUCAAGCGUAUCUUGGCCAACCGCAAGAAGACUGUUGAGGAGGGUAAGAACAUCGACUGGUCCACUGCCGAGGCUCUUGCCUUCGGUUCUCUUGUCGAUGAGGGCUACCACGUCCGUGUCUCUGGACAGGAUGUUGAGCGUGGUACCUUCUCCCAGCGUCAUGCCGUUGUGCACGACCAGGAGAACGAGAGCACCUACACUCCCCUGCAGCACAUCAGCGAUAAGCAGGGCAGCUUUGUCAUCUCCAACUCUUCCCUAAGCGAGUUCGGUGCCCUCGGCUUCGAGUACGGUUACUCCCUCACCUCCCCCGAGGCUCUUGUCAUGUGGGAGGCCCAGUUCGGUGAUUUCGCCAACAACGCUCAGUGUAUCAUUGAUCAGUUUAUCGCCUCUGGUGAAUCUAAGUGGGCACAGCGCUCUGGUCUGGUUGUCUCUCUGCCCCACGGUUACGAUGGCCAGGGUCCUGAGCACUCUUCCGGUCGUAUGGAGCGUUGGCUCCAGCUUUGCAACGAGGAGCCCCGCGUGUUCCCUAAUGCCGAUAAGCUGGACCGCCAGCACCAGGACUGCAACAUGCAGAUCGCCUACAUGACUGAGCCCUCUAACUUGUUCCACAUCCUCCGUCGCCAGAUCCACCGUCAGUUCCGCAAGCCCCUUAUCAUCUUCUUCUCCAAGGCUCUGCUCCGUCACCCUAUUGCCCGAUCUGACAUUGAGGCCUUCACUGGCGACUCCCACUUCCAGUGGAUCAUCAGUGACCCUGCCCACAAGACCGGUGCCAUUGAUGCUCCUGAGCAGAUUGAGCGUGUUAUUGUCUGCUCUGGCCAGGUUUACGCCGCUCUUUCCAAGUACCAGGAGACCAACGGCAUCCGCAACACCGCUAUCACCCGUGUUGAGCAGCUGCACCCCUUCCCCUGGGCUCAGCUGCAGGAGAACUUGGACAGCUACCCCAACGCCAAGAACAUUGUCUGGUGCCAGGAGGAGCCUCUCAACGCUGGUCCCUGGUCCUACGUCCAGCCUCGUAUCGAGACCCUGUUGAACUCGACCGAGCACCACAACCGCCGUCACGUCCUGUAUGCCGGUCGUGCUCCCAGCGCCUCCGUGGCCACUGGUACCAAGUCCGUUCACUUGAAGGAGGAGCAGGAAUUCCUGGAGGAGGCUUUCUCCGUUCACCAGGAGAUCCUGAAGGGCGAGUAG